UUCUUAGAAAAGUGACACACAAGUUACAAUUGGUAGUAGGAUAUAGUGAUUGAUGGUCGGGAUCGUGAAUGGACUUCCCCCAAAUGUGUUAACAAGACUAUUGCAAUGAUGAUGAGUGCGGCGGGAUAUAACCCCCUCCCGUCGGCUGAGUGUGUGGGUUACCGUGUAGUAGGUAUGUCUGGCCGUGUGGAGAGUCACGCGGUGUAUUAGUGGGAGGAGACAGUAUCUGGCGUGCUACCAAACAGAAAAAAAGUCAGGAGUCGACCGCUGUCCAAAGUACCUUGUCGACUCGCACUACUAGCAUCAGCAGUGUUCCUUGUAAAAUGUAUAGUAUACGUGUCUGAUUCUAACUAUGGGAUUUAUAUAUCAGAAAUAUGGGUUAGAGAACAGGAUUUAUAUUACGGAAUUGUUUGAUGGAUUAGAUAGGAAAGUGUCAUUCCAUGGAUUGGAGCAUUGGAGAAGUAAAGAUAACAAUCUGAUGACAUUAUCUCCAUCUAUGUAGCGUUUUACAUCGUCCAAAAUAAUGUACCAUGAUUUUGUGGAUUCUAGUAACAUUUCAUCUGAUGGUAUGUAAAUUCUCUGUCAGGAUUGUCACAGCGGAGGUUCGACUCAAACGGACGGUGGUGGGGCACUACCCCGCGUGUCCCCGGGGGUGUACCAGUUGCUCACGGUUUAACGGGUGUAUCACUUGUCGGCCUCGUCUGUUCCUGUUCCUGGAGCGGAGCGGUAUGAGACAGAGGGGUGUGUGUACACAUAGCUGUCCGUCAGAUUACUACGGAGUCCGUCGUCAGGAGUACAGCGUUUGUUAUCAUUGCCAGAUUCCGAAUUGCGAGACCUGCUUCAACAGGAACUAUUGUACCCGAUGUCGACCUCCAUAUAUAUCCUACAGGGGGCGCUGCAUCGAACGAUGUCCCGACGGACUCCAUUAUGCAAAUUAUUCCAAAGACUGUCGUAUGAUAGUCGACUGUAUGGUGGGACCAUGGGAUCCGUGGGGAGCGUGCACGCGGAAUGGACAGACUUGCGGAUACACGUAUGGGAUAGCCACUCGCUCUCGACAAGUACUGGAACAUCCGUCCCCGAACGGAAUCAGUUGUCCUGCUCUGGCGGAGAGCAGAUGUUGUCGUAUGACUAUGCGGCAUUGCGCAGAUCUGUUACACAAUAACUCAGAUCUUACGCUUGAGAAAAGGAAAAAGCCAUUUGGAAAACGAAACAGACGACGGAGACGAAAAAAGAAACGAAAGUACAGAAAAAGAAAACGGGGAAAGAAACGAAGACGCGGAAGAAAGAACAAACAUCGAAAUAGAAAGAGAUUACAAAGAAAACGAAAACAAAGAUUACAAAAAGAGGCGUGGGAGGUGUUUUGUCGCCGGGGCCGAGUGUAUAAUGAUAUUGAUAUUCUUUCUAAUGGAUAAUAGAGAGGGCAUACAUUUAAUGUGUCUCGUUACUGCUAUAGAAAGGUCCAUGGUGGAUUGCCCCCUUAAGAACCUAUUAUUAUAUAUUAUACAGGUUCAAGUGAAGGUACUGUGAAUACAGACCCAGUUACGGAUCAAGGUACUUCUCUUAGUGAUUGUGAGAACGACAACGACUAAGUGUUGGUGUCUUCAUUAGAGAAUAAUUUGAGGACCGCCUCCUAUAAGACGCGCCAUCUCUGUUGGCUUUGGUAGUGAGCAAUCAACAGUGUUAAAACAAGAAACCGAAUUUCAUUUCAACGUUUCUUUAGUCCAGGAUAUUAAAAAAGUGAUAUAUCUUCGUAUAAAUCGGAUGACGAAUUCUUGGUUGUCUGCUUAACUUCCGGAUUGGCAUUGCUAAUUUCCGGUUUCAGAAAUGAUAAGGAUAUAUGAUUUGUUUUCAACAAACUAAGUUAUUCACAAACGACGUUAUGGAAGAUCUUUGUGUCGACAAGUGCAAAGGCGGGUAAUAUUCUGGUUGUGAGUUUUGUGACUGUGACGUCACUAUCCUACUGAUUCCAUAAGUAUACUUGUGAUUAAGAGCUUCCCUGGAUUGCUAUAUUGAUUUAUGUUUACAAGUUGGAUUUACGUCACGUUGACAGAUGGAAAUAUUACAUUUCUCUCGAGUGAGAUGCAUAUUCAUGGAGGAGGUAAAAUGUAAUUCAACCUGGUGGAAACGUGUCUGUGUGAAUUUACUACAGUGGAACAUUUAACGCAAUAUAUUCUUAAUACAAUUAUGUUUAAAAUUCCAUGAUUUAUUUCAAUCCAGCUGCAUUUUGCUGAUGACGUAGUUAUGUAAUUUUUAAAGAAAUAGGGGGGGGGGGG